AUGCACGCGCGCAACGGCGCCUUCUCGCGGCGCCGAGGCUGCGACAACUGGCCGUCCAACGUCAGGAUUGUCAAGAACGGCGGCAAGUGCGCGAAGUGCUGGUCGCCCGCCGACCUCCACUCGCCCCCGCCCAAAAGCGCGCGGCGGACUCAGGGCGCGCGCCAGCCCCGCCAGUCCAUGUUCAAAGGGGCCACGUGGCACGACCAGAACCGCCCAUCGCCUGAGGACCGGGACCCGACCUCCCUCGCCGCCCCGCCGGCCUCGCGCCCCGCGCUCAAGGAGGAGCCGAGUAUCCUCCGGCGGCGCCUCGAAUCUAAGUGCGAACAGACUCGCGACGACGCCCGGCACCUCGCCCGCGCGCUCGACCCGAAGUACCAGGCCACGCAGAAGACCACGCGCUCCUCGGUCCAAGCCAAGAAUGCGGCCACUGAGGAACCCAAAUGGCGCCACGCGGCGGCGGCCAAGAAGCCUGCAGAACACGGCAUUGUGCAGGCGCCCCAGCCUGUCUACACUUCAGACGGCAACAGGAUCGUCUUCGCGGUGCACGACGCGCUCUUCAGCGGCCUGGCGAACUUCGACGGCGAGUCCAGCUCAAGAAGAUCGAGCAGGACAUCAGGGUCCAGAUUGAAGUGGUUGCGAAGCUUCAAACCACAGUCCAAGAGGCGGCGGAGCAAGCGAAAAAAGAUCGGGUCCCCCCCCCGCACGAAGGCCGGGGUCGACCAGGAGGGCAGCGCGGCCGUCGGCGCGGGCUCCGCCGGCGACGGCCAGGCGGCCGCGCAGCCCCCUCCAAACGAGCGCCCGCACGCCGACGCCCCCGGCAGCGACGACGCCAACUACGAGGAGCUCCGACACGCCGCCGACCUCCAGCGAAAGGCAGCCCUCGAGGAGGCGGAGGCCAAAG